UGUGCCAACCUGGGAAGCGCUCUCCCCCCCUGCCCCAGCCCGCUGCUGCCUCCGCCAGCGCUCGCGCGCCGGGAGCACGUGCACGAGCCCCCCGGCCUCGCGCCCCCUGCAGCUGGCGCCUCGCGGGGCGGGGACCCUUUGCAGCGCUGCUGCCGGAGCGCCCCGCCGGCCCCGCGCGCCCGCCCGGGAGCAGGGCAGCUCGCGGCCACCAUGAAUGAGAUGUCCAGCUUCUUGCACGUCGGGGACAUCGUCUCCCUGUACGCCGAGGGCUCGGUCAAUGGCUUCAUCAGCACCCUGGGGCUGGUUGAUGAUCGCUGUGUGGUGGAACCGGCAGCUGGAGACCUGGAUAAUCCACCCAAGAAGUUCCGGGACUGUCUCUUCAAAGUGUGCCCCAUGAACCGCUACUCCGCCCAGAAGCAAUAUUGGAAGGCCAAGCAAACCAAGCAGGACAAGGACAAGAUUGCCGACGUGGUGCUCCUGCAGAAACUCCAGCAUGCGGCGCAGAUGGAGCAGAAGCAGAACGACACGGAGAACAAGAAGGUGCACGGGGACGUGGUGAAGUACGGCAGCGUUAUCCAGCUGCUCCACAUGAAGAGUAACAAGUACCUGACGGUGAACAAGCGUCUCCCGGCCCUGCUGGAGAAGAACGCCAUGAGGGUGACGCUGGAUGCGACGGGCAACGAAGGCUCCUGGCUCUUCAUCCAGCCCUUCUGGAAACUGCGGAGCGCCGGCGAUAACGUAGUUGUGGGAGACAAAGUGAUCCUGAACCCUGUGAACGCUGGGCAGCCACUGCAUGCCAGCAACUACGAGCUCGCCGACAAUGCAGGCUGCAAAGAGGUGAACUCGGUCAAUUGCAACACCAGCUGGAAAAUCAACCUGUUCAUGCAGUUCCGGGACCACAUGGAGGAAGUGCUGAAAGGGGGGGACGUGGUGAGGCUGUUCCAUGCCGAGCAGGAGAAGUUUCUCACCUGCGACGAGUACAAGGCCAAACUCCACGUCUUUCUCCGCACCACCCUGCGGCAGUCCGCCACGUCCGCCACCAGCUCCAACGCGCUGUGGGAAGUCGAGGUGGUGCAUCAUGAUCCCUGCCGAAGCGGAGCCGGACACUGGAACGGCCUGUACCGCUUCAAGCAUCUCGCCACUGGGAACUACCUGGCCGCAGAGGAAAACCCCAGUUACAAAGGAGACGCCGCCGAUCCCAAGUCAGCACCCAUGGGCGGGGCCGUUCGCUCCAGCCGGAGGAAAACAGGGGAGAAGAUCAAAUACCGACUGGUGGCCGUGCCCCAUGGGAACGACAUUGCCUCGCUCUUUGAGUUGGACCCCACCACGCUGCAGAAGACGGAUUCCUUCGUCCCUCGGAACUCCUUCGUGAGGCUGCGCCACCUCUGCACGAACACUUGGAUCCAGAGCACCGACGUGCCCAUAGACAUCGAUGAAGAGAGACCCAUUCGACUCAUGCUCGGCACCUGCCCCACCAAGGAGGACAAAGAAGCUUUUGCCAUUGUCUCUGUGCCCGUGUCGGAAAUCCGGGACCUGGACUUCGCCAACGACGCCAGCUCCAUGCUGGCCAACGUGGUGGAGAAGAUGAACGAGGGCUUCAUCAGCCAGAACGACCGCAGGUUUGUGAUGCAGCUGCUGGAGGACCUGGUGUUUUUCGUCAGCGACGUCCCCAACAACGGGCAGAACGUUUUGGACAUCAUGGUGACCAAACCCAACCGGGAGAGGCAGAAACUCAUGCGGGAGCAGAACAUUCUGAAACAGAUCUUCGGGAUCCUGAAAGCCCCGUUCAAGGACAAGGGCGGGGAAGGCCCCUUGGUGCGGCUGGAGGAGCUGUCAGAUCAGAAGAACGCCCCCUAUCAGUACAUGUUCCGCCUCUGCUACCGGGUGCUGCGGCACUCCCAGGAGGACUAUCGCAAGAACCAGGAGCACAUCGCCAAGCAGUUCGGCAUGAUGCAGUCCCAGAUCGGCUACGACAUCCUGGCGGAGGACACCAUCACCGCCCUCCUGCACAACAACCGCAAGCUGCUGGAGAAGCACAUCACCAAGACCGAGGUGGAGACCUUCGUCAGCCUGGUGCGCAAGAACCGGGAGCCCAGGUUCUUAGAUUACCUCUCGGACCUGUGCGUGUCCAACCACAUCGCCAUCCCCGUCACCCAGGAGCUGAUCUGCAAGUGUGUGCUGGACCCCAAGAACAGCGACAUCCUCAUCAAAACAGAGCUGAGGCCAGUGAAGGAGAUGUCCCAGACCCACGAAUACCUGAGCAUCGAGUACUCGGAGGAGGAGGUCUGGCUGACCUGGAGUGACAAGAACAACGAACCCCACGAGAAAAGCAUCCGGCAGCUGGCGCAGGAGGCGCGGGCCGGCAACGCUCACGAUGAGAACGUCCUGAGUUACUACAGGUACCAGCUGAAGCUGUUUGCCCGCAUGUGCCUGGACCGCCAGUACCUGGCGAUCAAAGAGAUCUCCAAGCAGCUGGGGGUGGAUCUCAUCUUCCUCUGCAUGGCGGACGAGAUGCUGCCCUUUGACCUCCGGGCCUCCUUCUGCCACCUCAUGCUGCAUGUGCACGUGGACCGGGAUCCGCAGGAGCUGGUGAUGCCCGUGAAGUUUGCCCGGCUGUGGACAGAGAUCCCCACCGCCAUCACUAUCAAAGACUACGACUCCAACCUGAACGACUCCCGGGACGACAAGAAGAACAAGUUUGCCAGCACCAUGGAGUUCGUGGAGGAUUAUCUCAACAACGUGGUGAGCGAAGCGGUGCCCUUCGCCAACGACGAGAAGAACAAGCUCACCUUUGAGGUCGUCAGUCUUGCCCACAACCUCAUCUACUUCGGCUUCUACAGCUUCAGUGAGCUGCUGCGCCUGACGCGCACUCUGCUGGGUAUCAUAGACUGUGUGCAGAACCCUCAGCUGAUGAUGCAGAUGCCGUACAGUGAGGAUAUGGCAGGGAAGAACGUGCGGAAGUCCAUCCAGGGUGUUGGCCAGAUGAUGUCCACCAUGGUUCUGAGCCGGAAGCAGUCCAUCUUCAGCCCCCCGAGCCACAGCACGGUGGUGGCCUCUGAGUCCACGGACCGGGAGAGAACCAUAGACAACGAGAACAUCGUGGUGAUGGAGACCAAGCUGAAGAUCCUGGAGAUCUUGCAGUUCAUCCUGAACGUGCGCCUGGACUACAGGAUCUCCUACCUGCUCUCCGUCUUCAAGAAGGAGUUCAUCGAGGUCUACCCCAUGCAGGACAGCGGCGCCGACGGGACAGCGCCAGCCUUCGACUCCACAAACGCGGCGAUGAACCUGGAAAAAAUAGGCGAGCAGGCAGAGGCCAUGUUUGGGGUCGGGAAGUCGAGCAGCAUGUUAGAGGUGGACGACGAAGGGGGGAGGAUGUUUCUCCGUGUGCUGAUCCACCUGACCAUGCACGACUAUCCCCCGCUUGUCUCCGGCUCCCUCCAGCUCCUCUUCAAACACUUCAGCCAGAGGCAGGAGAUGCUGCACACCUUCAAACAGGUCCAGCUCCUCAUCUCAGCGCAGGACGUGGAGAACUACAAGGUGAUCAAGUCCGAGCUCGACAAGCUGCGCACGAUGGUGGAGAAGUCGGAGCUCUGGGUGGACAAGAAGGGCAGCACCAAGGGCGAGGACGCAGGAGAAGGGGCCAAGAAGGAGAAGAAAGAGCACACUACAGAUGAGGAGACCAGCAUCACCGAAGAGAAGAGCAGUGAAAAUUACCAGAUAGUCAAAGGGAUCCUGGAGCGGCUCAAUAAAAUGUGCGGGGUGGGCGAGCAGGUGCGCCGGAAGCAGCAGCGCCUGAUGAAGAACAUGGACGCCCACAAAGUGAUGCUGGACCUGCUGCAGAUCCCCUAUGAGAAGGGCGAUGCAAAGAUGCUGGAGAUUCUGAAAUACACCCACCAGUUCCUGCAGAAGUUCUGUGCCGGGAACCAAGGAAACCAGGCCCUUCUGCACAAACAUCUCAACCUGUUCCUCACCCCGGGGCUCCUGGAGGCCGAAACGAUGCAGCACAUCUUCCUGAACAACUACCAGCUGUGCUCGGAGAUCAGCGAGACGGUGCUGCAGCACUUCGUGCACUGCCUGGCCACGCACGGCCGCCACGUGCAGUACCUCGACUUCCUGCACAGCAUCAUCAAGGCCGAGGGCAAGUACGUCAAGAAGUGCCAGGACAUGAUCAUGACAGAGCUCACCAAUGCUGGGGAUGACGUGGUGGUCUUCUACAAUGACAAGGCGUCUCUGGCCACCAUGCUGGAGAUGAUGACAGCAGCCCGGGAGGGGGUGGAAGAGAACAGCCCCCUCAUGUACCACAUCUCCUUGGUGGACCUGCUGGCCGCCUGCGCAGAGGGCAAGAACGUCUACACGGAGAUCAAGUGCACGUCCCUGCUGCCGCUGGAGGACAUUGUGCGGGUGGUGACACACGAGGACUGCAUCACUGAGGUGAAGAUGGCCUAUGUGAACUUCGUCAACCACUGCUACGUGGACACCGAGGUGGAAAUGAAGGAGAUCUACACCAGCAACCACAUCUGGACCCUCUUUGAAAACUUCAUCCUCGACAUGGCCACGAUGUGUAAGAAGCGAGAGAAGCGCCUGACGGACCCCGCCCUGGAGAAGUACGUGCUCACUGUGGUGCUGGACACUAUCAACGCCUUCUUCAGCUCCCCCUUCUCGGAGAACAGCACCUCCCUGCAGAUGUGUAAGAAGCGAGAGAAGCGCCUGACGGACCCCGCCCUGGAGAAGUACGUGCUCACUGUGGUGCUGGACACUAUCAACGCCUUCUUCAGCUCCCCCUUCUCGGAGAACAGCACCUCCCUGCAGUGGCGACGGAGCGCCUCCAGCUACAAGGCCACCACGCGGACCUUCCCCCGCGUCUCGGCCAUGCCCAACCAGUGGGACUACAAAAACAUCAUUGAGAAGCUACAGGAAAUCAUCAACGCUCUGGAGGAACGGUUCAAACCCCUGGUGGAGGCGGAGCUGUCCGUCCUGGUGGACGUGCUGCACCGCCCAGAGCUGCUCUUCAUGGAGGGGACCGAUGCCUACCAGCGCUGCGAGAGCGGGGGCUUCCUGUCCAAGCUGGUCCAGCACACGAAGGACCUGAUGGAGAGUGAGGAGAAGUUGUGCAUCCGGGUCCUGAGGACGCUGCAGCAGAUGCUAAUGAAGAAGAACAAAUAUGGGGAGCGGGGCAACGAGCUGAGGAAAACGCUCCUGGGUAACUACCUGCAGAACAAGAAGUCGAGUUCCAAAGGGGAGAUCGUCGACAUGACCGGGGGCGGCCAAGACCAGGACUGGUCAGUCAUUGCUGCCAUCCAGUGCCGGCUGGACAGGGAAGGGGCCACCAAGCUUGUGUCGGACCUCAUCAUGAACACCAAAAAUGAGAAGAUUUUUCAGGAGAGCAUCCUCUUAGCCAUUCGGCUGUUGGACGGAGGCAACACAGAGAUCCAGAAAUCGUUUUAUAACCUGAUGAUGAGUGACAGGAAGUGCGAGAAGUUCUUUAAAGUGCUGCAUGACCGCAUGAAGAAGGCGCAGCAGGAGACCAAGUCCACGGUGUCGGUGAACAUGAGCGACAUUGGGAACAAGCCCCAGGAGGACAAAGACGCCCCUGACCCUGGCACCAAGGGACGAGGGACGCUCAUGCUGUCCCACCCCCCAUCUCGGCACCCCAUCGCCCUUGGGUUUCGAAAGGGCCACGAUGCUGGGGAGCGAAGCCAGAACAACGAGAUGGGACUGUCGGUCUUGAUCAUGGAGCCUAUUCUUCGGUUUCUGCAGCUGCUCUGUGAGAACCACAACCGGGACCUCCAGAACUUCCUCCGGUGUCAGAACAACAAGACCAACUACAACCUGGUGUGUGAGACGCUGCAGUUCCUGGACAUCAUGUGCGGCAGCACCACGGGGGGGCUGGGCCUGCUGGGCCUCUACAUCAACGAAUACAACGUGGCCCUUAUCACACAGACGCUGGAGACCUUGACGGAGUAUUGCCAGGGGCCGUGCCACGAGAACCAGAGCUGCAUCGUGACGCAUGAAUCGAACGGCAUUGACAUCAUCACGGCCCUGAUCCUCAAUGAGAUCAGCCCCCUCUGCAAGUACCGAAUGGACCUCGUCCUCCAGCUCAAGGACAAUGCCUCCAAACUCCUGCUGGCCCUGAUGGAGAGCAGGCACGACAGUGAGACUGCCGAGCGGAUACUCAUCAGCCUCCGGCCUCAGCAACUGGUUGAUGUCAUUAAAAAAGCCUACCUCGAGGAGGAAGAGUGUGAGAACUCUGAGGUUUCCCCCCGGGAAGUCGGGCACAACAUCUAUAUCUUGGCCUUACAGCUGUCUCGGCAUAACAAGCAGCUGCAGCACCUCCUGAAACCAGUGAAGCGAAUCCAAGAGGAGGAGGAGGAGGGCAUCUCCUCUAUGCUCAGCUUACACAACAAGCAGCUGACUCAGAUGCUGAAAUCGACGGCUCCCGUUCAGGAGGAAGAGGAGGACCCGCUGGCCUAUUACGAGAGGCACACCUCCCAAAUUGAGAUUGUGCGUCUGGACCGGAGCAUGGAGCAGAUCAUCUUCCCAGUGCCCAACAUCUGUGAAUUCCUUACCCGGGAGACCAAAUACCGGCUGUUCACCACUACGGAACAAGAUGACCAGGGCAGCAAAGUCAGUGACUUCUUCGACCAGUCGUCCUUCCUCCACAACGAGAUGGAGUGGCAGAAGAAACUGCGCAGCAUGCCGCUGAUGUACUGGUUCUCCCGCAGAAUGACUCUCUGGGGAAGCAUUUCCUUCAACCUGGCUGUAUUCAUCAACAUAAUCAUUGCUUUCUUUUACCCAUACGUCGAAGCCACCUCUAUGGGAGUGCUGGAUUCUCCCUUGAUAUCCCUGCUUUUCUGGUUUCUGAUCUGCUUCUCCGUCAUGGCCAUGUUUACCCGGCGCUAUGGCAUCAGGCCGCUCCUUGUGGCAUUGAUCCUGCGAUCAAUCUAUUACCUAGGGAUUGGGCUCACGCUGAACAUCCUGGGAGCUCUCAAUCUGACCAACAAGAUUGUGUUCGUGGUGAGCUUCGUGGGCAACCGGGGGACAUUUAUCCGGGGCUACAAGGCCAUGAUCAUGGAUAUGGAGUUUCUCUAUCACGUGGCCUACAUUGUGACCAGCAUCCUGGGACUCUUUGUACAUGAACUCUUCUACAGCAUCUUGCUCUUUGACUUGAUCUACCGUGAAGAGACCUUGUUUAAUGUCAUAAAAAGUGUGACGCGGAACGGGCGCUCCAUCCUGCUUACCGCCCUCCUGGCGCUCAUCCUUGUCUACCUCUUCUCCAUUGUGGGUUUCCUCUUCCUGAAAGAUGACUUUAUCAUGGAGGUGGACCGGCUGCCUGACAACAAGUCCAAAGAUGGCCCCUUGGGGAUGCAAAAGAACAUGGAGGCUUUUAUGGAGUCAUGCAGUGGUGACAAAAUUAGCUGCUCUGCUGUGCCUGAUGUACUGAGAGAUGAUGAUGAGGAUAAGUCAGAGCGUGCCUGUGACACACUGCUCAUGUGCAUCGUCACGGUGCUGAACCAUGGCCUGAGGAACGGAGGGGGCGUGGGCGACAUUCUCAGGAAGCCAUCCAAGGAUGAGUCCUUGUUCCCUGCUCGGGUUAUCUACGACCUCCUCUUCUUCUUCAUUGUCAUCAUCAUUGUCCUCAACCUCAUCUUUGGUGUCAUCAUAGACACCUUUGCUGAUCUGAGGAGUGAGAAGCAAAAGAAGGAAGAAGUUCUUAAGACGACAUGUUUCAUAUGUGGUCUCGAAAGGGACAAAUUUGAUAAUAAGACUGUGUCCUUCGAAGAGCACAUUAAAUAUGAGCACAACAUGUGGAAUUACUUGUACUUCAUUGUGCUGGUGCGAGUGAAGAAUAAGACAGAUUACACCGGGCCUGAAAGUUACGUGGCACAAAUGAUAAAGAACAAGAACUUGGACUGGUUCCCCCGGAUGCGAGCCAUGUCAUUGGUCAGCAACGAAGGAGAAGGGGAACAGAACGAGAUCCGGAACCUCCAAGAGAAACUCAACUCCACUAUGAAGCUGGUGUCUUACCUCACUUCACAGCUGAACGAGCUGAAAGAGCAGAUGACAGAACAAAGGAAGCGCAGACAGCGGUUGGGUUUUGUGGAUGUCCAGAACACCUUGAAUCACUGAAGCACAAGAAUACAUCAGCUUUGCUAACUAAGUACAUGUUAUCAGCUAACGAGGAUGUUUUCACUGGAGUCUGCAUCUAGAUCUCAUCUUCAGAAGCCGGACCAAAGCCUAGACUGUUACUGCUGUAGGGCUCCAGUGCCAGCCUUUUCCUUCUUGAUUACAUCUCUGCAAACUUUUUGCCCAGCAAGAGUCACGAACAACUUAGUUACCAGAUUUCUUCACAGUACCUGAACCCACAAUUUAUCCUAAUGCCCUCAAAGGAAGGUAAAUUAUUUGGGACUUGAGUUCUUCAUUGCAAUAACUUUUUAUUCUGUAACAUUAAUUCUUUAUCUCCACACACUACACUUUGGUGGCUAUGCCCAUCCAGAAAGGAUAGCAUUAAUAUUGUUACUAGCAAUGAUAGGGUUGCACUAUAACUUAUACCAAGUAGGCAGCAGAAAGUCCAUUACAGACAUGGUACUUUGCAAGCCACACAUCUUGUUCACAGUACCUCACAACACUGAUUUUCAGAAUCAUUUUAAGAAUUCCAUCUGUCACUGAUGAGCAGUAAAUUUAACAAGAUGUAUUGACAGUACAAUACAUCUGAUGAAGAUGAGCAACAGCUAAGCUGUUGCUAACUUGACACUGGUCUUUUAUCUUCUGUGGAUGGACUUUAUAUGGGAAAUUGCAGGUCUACAGCAGUGCACUGUGAAGAGGUAUUGUUUUUAUUUUCAUCUCUGGUGUGAUGUUUUACAAACUUUUUAUUUUGUUGUUACUUAACUAAUAUGUAAAUUGCCUUAACUAAGUUAACACAAAAUCAAGUCAGUAAAAGCUGAGAUGAGGUUCAAGAGCCUCCUCUCAACAAUGGGA